AGAUCCUGUAAGUGAGGGAAGGAGGGAGAGAGAAACAGAGGGAAGAGAGACUGACCUUUUACCCGAGCCGCGUCCACCUGUGAAUGACUCCCUGAGAAACUUUUAAAAAAGACUCCGAAGUUUUUUUACCGGAUUAUAAAAGCAGGAUUUCUCUGUCAACUCAAGGUUUAUCAUGAAGCUCUUCCUGUUGUCUAUGGUUUUGCUGGUCUUGGUGGUGGAAGACAGCAUUGCAGACAGAACCCUGUCCAGAAGAACCAAAAGAGAGCUUGCAAGUCCGCUCCAUGUUGGUGGCAUUAGGGACCCAUUAGGCUCGUACUGCCAGAGGAGAGGAGGCUGCUGUCCAGGCAGAGACGACCUGUGCACGGUCCCUUACUUGGACACGAUCUGCUACUGUGACCUGUUCUGCAACCGCACCGUGUCUGAUUGCUGUCCUGACUUCUGGGGUCACUGUUUGGGUGUACAGCCACCUUUUAUUGGCACCUGCGAAAGAAACGGAAACAAGUUCUUUACAGGGCAAACAUACAAAGAGAACUGCAAUUUAUGCACAUGUGGGACCACAGGACGCUGGGAGUGUGAGCAGAAUGCCUGUCUGAUGGAGCCUGACAUGGUUCAUGCCGUCAACAGAGGAAAUUAUGGGUGGAAGGCAGCAAACUACAGCCAGCUGUAUGGCAUGACGCUGGAUGAGGGCAUCAGAUUCCGGCUGGGCACGCAGAGACCCUCCAGAACGAUUAUGAACAUGAAUGAGAUUCAGAUGAACAUGGAUCCUCAGAGCGACCGUCUGCCACUCUAUUUCAACUCAGCUGAGAAGUGGCCAGGAAAGAUUCAUGAACCUUUAGACCAGGGGAACUGUGCCGCGUCCUGGGCUUUCUCAACUGCAGCUGUUGCUUCAGACAGAAUAUCCAUCCAGUCAAUGGGUCACAUGACUCCCCAGCUUUCCCCCCAAAACCUUAUAUCCUGUGACAUCCGCAACCAGGGAGGCUGUGCAGGAGGACGCAUUGAUGGAGCCUGGUGGUACCUUCGACGUAGGGGAGUGGUGACUGAAGAGUGUUAUCCGUACAGCCCUCCACAGCAAACACCGGCUGAGGUGGGCCGCUGCAUGAUGCAGAGUCGUUCCGUCGGCCGGGGGAAGAGGCAGGCCACGCAGCGCUGCCCCAACACACACAACUACCAGAACGACAUCUACCAGUCCACACCACCCUACAGGCUCUCAUCUAGUGAUAAGGAGAUCAUGAAGGAGAUCAUGGAUAAUGGUCCUGUGCAAGCUAUUAUGGAGGUCCAUGAGGAUUUCUUUGUCUAUAAGAGUGGGAUCUACAAACAUACUGACGUCAGCUUUACCAAACCACCACAAUACCGCAAGCAUGGAACUCACUCUGUCAGGAUCAUUGGGUGGGGAGAGGAGAGAAACUACGAUGGGACAUUGAAAAAAUAUUGGAUUGCUGCCAACUCCUGGGGGAAGAACUGGGGAGAGAACGGCUACUUCCGCAUCGCUCGCGGGGACAACGAGUGUGAGAUUGAAGCGUUUGUGAUCGGUGUGUGGGGCAGGAUCACUAUGGAGGACAUGCACAACCAUCAUCACCAUCAUCGUCGCCGAAACAUUUAGAGGCAAAACAAAUAUAUACCAAAAACAAAAACCCAGAGGCCUUUGUUUUUAAUCCAGAUGAGUCUCAGAACCUCAGCACAUCUGCUAACCCAUCAGGCUGGCUGGGAUAACUGCAAGUCCCUGAACUCUUACUCCUCUUAUGCCUUACUUCUCUCUGUGGAUCAUUAAAUAAUUUCACUCUUCCAUCUUUACCUCUUUAAGGACAACUCUCCCCAAACUCCCUGUAACUCAAAGUUUAUUGCACCAAAAACAAAGAAAAAGAGAACUGAGCUAAAGCUCUGCAAUGCUGCCUUACAACUAGGCACCUCAGGUACCUAUGGAAUCCAAAGACAACACCUCCCAGAAUCCUCAGCGUGAUAUCUAGUUGUGUGAUGAGAGAAGCAGAAGCUCAAUCUGAUCUUUUCAUGGUCCUUUUGAAAACCUUUAGUCUUUUCCAGCUCUAAAGCUAUAAUCCAGACGGACCAAACUUCAGAGGAAGGGCUUGACAAAAGGAAAUCUGAGAGCCAGAUUAUCAGACAUCAGACCUUUUAAAGAGAGACGCACCCAGCCGAAGUGGGUAACAUGAUCAUAUAUAAUACAUGACCUUAGAGACAUUUACCUGUCAAGUGUAGAGAGGCACAGAGGCACAACCAGGGUCAUUCCCCUCAGUUUUCGAGAGGACACUUAUUUAGAGUCAGGAGGUAGAGUUUCUCACACAUUCCAGUAAAACACAAAAUCUGACUCUGCAGACAGUGGGAGGUUUGAUGUAGAGUAUAAGAUCACAAAACAUGGGAUUUUUAGGAGGAUUUAUGGUGCCACCUACCAUGAUCAGCAAACAAAAUAACUCCCACAACGUCAUCAUUGAAUAUUUUAAGCACAUUUAAUAAUGAAAGGCUAAAUCUUUGCCUUUUGCAUGAGUUUAGAUGAACAGCAUUAGUAGAAAUAAUUAAUAUUUGUCAUUGAGACAUGGCUAAAGGAAAUGUGAAAAUGUCCAGUCAUGCUAGAGUCGAAAGUCACCUUGAACAAUAAUGAACUUAUGAAUAAAAGCCAUGCUUUCAAUCUUGACUCCACCUUCUCAUAAGCAAAACAACGCUGAUGCAUUGAGAGGAUGUAAAAACGGCAGUGGUAUAGAGAAUCAAUUCUGCAAAAGAACUGUGCUAUCAUCUUAAAAUGCUCGGUGGUGUUUACUCUGUUACAGUUUGAGCGAAAUAUCUUAUUUUUUGUUGCAGUUAUUUUUUAUUUGAAAUGUUUUAAGACGUACUGUAUUUAAUAACUCUUAACACACUCAUCACUCGGCUGCUUCUGCUUGUGCUUCUUGUGCUUGUAACUGUUUUAACUGUUUGUGGAGGAUGGUUGGAGGGAAGUGGGGUGACCUGGGGAGGGAGGGGUGGGCGGUUUGGAGGCUGGGGAUGGGGGGGUCCAUACUGCUGCUAUAAAGUCUGUGCUACAGUAUUUGACUGCAGAGUCUUUAGUGUGUUUCAUUCUUAUGUAAUAAACAUGUAUAGACACAUGUGACUAACACUGAAAGUCACACAGGUCACAGAUAUAAGCUGUGUUUCUUUUUGUCGUCAUAUUUUAUACAUCAUUUUUACCACUUUCUGCUUGCUCACUCAACAUGCUGACCUACCACACUGCUCUCUGAGGUCUUUAUUUCAGCUGGUCAUAGACUGUUUGAGGGAUUUUCUCAUUUGUUUUUGGAGUGCAGUCUCACUUGAAGAGGAAAGCAUAGUGUACUCUAACCACUUACCUUGAACUACAUCCCGUUGAGCUUCAGCUGUAACUUCAAACGGCUUUUCCUCGUAUAUAUCAUGUCUCGUGAUCUCUUAGCAAAUGAGAAAUGUCUGGAUGGACAGGCAAUGUGCAAUGUGGCGGAGCAAUUAUUGCAUGUUUCUCAUGAAAUUAACUGAAUCUUUGUUUUCUUAAGAGGAGUCGAUUAGCGCGAGAUGCUCAACAGGGUUCACUGUAAAUGACAAAAAGAACAGUGCGAAAUCUUCUGUUCUUCCUAUUUCAACAGAAAGAAGAACAUUUGAACAUAUAGUCAUUUCAGUUGCUGGAUUGGAUUACGUUACUCUUCUCACAAAAGUGCCAAGAUUUUCUCGUUAUAUUUAAUGACCUCCUGCCUCAAGAGAAGCAUCGAUGUGAAAGGAUCAGACAGACUACAGAAAGUAUGAUGAGGUGUGUUAAAGCGGUCUGGGGAAAGCAGACUUUUUCAUGGAGAGGAAAGAGUUAGAACUUGACCAAAGCUUGACUCCUGUAGUGUCCACUGAGUAGAGAGAUCCUGUUGCAAAUGUCCAUUUUGUUGCCUUCUGUUGAAUUAAUAGUAGUUCAGGUGCAUUAACAGCUUUAAUCUGAAUGCUUAAUAUGAUUAUGAAUAUAAUGAAAAGCUCUGGUGCCUUACUAUUUUCAAGGAAAUAUUUCCAGAGCAACACAUGUACCAUUGUCUGAGCAUGUUAGCAUUUUAAAAUAUUUUUUAAAUAAAUGUCGGGAUGUUAAAAUAACUUUUAGAGCAAUACUCUUCUCAAACUACUCCACCACUUCUCGUAAAUCUCCCCGGCUGAGUUGCAGCAAACUUCCCUUCAGAAGUUGUGUAUUUUGUGUAAAAUGAACCACUCCAUAUUCACUGAUGUGUAGACUUUAUUUAUGACAAGCUCUGUAAAUUAUAUUCUUUUAUUCUUCUGUGUUUAAAUGUGUUAUUCUCUCUCUGUCUCGUAUUGUGUGCACUAAAUGCUAAACCACAUUAGUGUUCACUUAUGUUGCACAAUAAAGUCUUUCCAAAAACGA